CCCGCCCCCCGUGCGGCGGGUGGGCGCAGGCGCGGCGGCGGCGCGAGGGGCGCGGGGCGCGGCAGGCGGCGGGGAGAUGUCGCGCUACGGGCGUUACGAGACCAAGGUGUAUGUGGGAAACCUGGGCACGGGCGCGGGCAAAGGCGAGCUGGAGAGAGCCUUCAGCUACUACGGGCCCCUGAGAACCGUGUGGAUCGCGAGGAACCCGCCGGGGUUUGCCUUCGUCGAGUUUGAAGACCCGAGGGAUGCUGAAGACGCUGUGCUCGGUCUCGAUGGGAAGAUAAUAUGUGGCUCCAGGGUUAGAGUGGAAGUGUCGACAGGGAUGCCCCGUCGCUCCCGCUACGACAGGCCUCCUGCACGGCGCCCCUUCGACCCCAACGACAGAUGCUAUGAGUGUGGCGAGAAAGGCCACUAUGCUUAUGACUGUCACCGCUACAGUCGCCGAAGUAGGAGGAGCAGGUCCCGGUCUAGAUCUCGUUCAAGGUCCCGAGGAAGAAGGUAUUCUCGGUCACGCAGUCGGAGUCGUGGUAGGAGAUCAAGGUCAGCUUCCUACCGCAGGUCCAGGUCAAUCUCUCCUCGCAGGUAUAGAUCAUUUUCACCCCGCAGAUCUCGGUCUGGUUCCUUAAGGAGAUCAAGAUCUAGGUCCAGAUCACGCUCAAGAUCCCGAUCUGUUGUAUGGCCUCGAAGCAGGUCUGGGUCCCAUGGUAGAUCUAAAUCUGGCUUACCUGCUAAAAGUCGCUCAAAGUCCAGAUCACCGUCUCCAAAGAGAAGUCAUUCACCAUCAGGAAGCCCUUGAAGCAGUGCAAGUCCUGAAAGAAUGGAUUGAAAUUUAAAAUGUUUAAGAAGAAAAUUUAUUUUGUUUACAUUAUUAUAAGGGAUUUUGUGGUGUCUUUAUAAAUGUAAGGGCUUAGUCCUAGAAGGCUGUUUCUAUUGACUAACAAUUGGCAUUAAUCUGGAUCUUUUAAAAGUCUUAGUAGACUGCAAAACUCUUGUUGUGUUAAUGUUAUGUCAUCUGGAAAUACUGGGCUUUUUUUAUUGGUGCAUUGAAAUAAACUGUGCAUUUCUAACUAAGAAAUAUUUUGUGGUAACCCAGUGGUUUCUGUUAAUGUUUGGGUAGCAUGGAGCAGGUCAGGUGUCGUUAUGGUGAAAAGCAGGAGGCAGGCCUUUACAGGCCUUUGUGAAUUGAGGCUAGUGCAGCAGCCCGUCGGUGGCUGUCCUGCAGUUGUGUGCCUGUUGUGGGAGUUUUUUCCUAUACAGCACUGCUUAGUGUGAAGGGUUACCAGUACCAGCUGUCAUUCUUAUUAUUCAGACUUGAAUAUUACGGUGACCUGUACCUUAUGUUUUUAUUUGCACCUGCUCAAAGCUCAGUGAAGCUGAUAACCGGUCUGGAGGUGCUUGUGCAUGGGAUGAUUUGACUUACAGAAAUGUCUACAAAGGGCAUUAACAGAUUAAGUAAACAAAGAAUGUGUGAAUGCUGGUCUGUCUGUCCUGUAGAUUAAAGGACCUUCUCACCUGAAGAUAUUUGGAAUACUUCUGGAAUGUAAACUGUUGAAGUAAAUAUAUUUAGAAAUGGUA